GAGAGAACCUCGGUGCACGAAAAUGAAAGAGAGAGAAAUGGGAAAAGGGAAAGCAAUAAACAAAGGACGCGUGGGUUGUCCCCUUCUUCUUUUCCUAUACAAAACUCACCCCUUCCCCCUCCCAAUUUCCUUCAACUCUCCUCCCCCAUUUCUUUCUCUCUCUACGUUUUAUUCAUUCCUUCCGCCACCUACCGCCGUCGCAGCCGCCGCACUCACUACUCAGUUUGAAUCUAUUAACAGAAGUACAAUUCGUGAGAAUCAUUCCGAAUUUUGCAUCAGAAAAUUGUUCCUUCUGAUGGCGUCAUCCUCUACCUUCUCGAAUCCCGAUGCAAACUCCAACCCUUCCCGAGAAUCCAAGCGCAAAAAGAGAAGAAAAAUUGGAGAUAACGGCAAAAGUGAGCCAACCGCUAGCCUUGAUCAAUCGAGGUGGAGAACUCAAAACGAGCAGCAGAUCUACUCUUCUAAACUUCUCCAGGCUUUGCGUCAAGUCCGCCGUAGUGAUGAUAGUCCGUCACCGGUUAUCGCCGGACGCGCCGUCAGGGACACCGCCGACAGAGUCCUCGCCGUCACGGCGAAAGGAAGGAGUCGUUGGAGUAGAGCGAUUCUCACUGGCCGGCUCAGCCUCAGACUUAGCCAAAUUAAUAAGAAGCAUAAGAAAGCUAAGGUGAACAGCAUCAAUAUAAAGUCGAAGAAACCGUUGGCGGCGAAGAAGCGAGUACCGGCUUUGCAGCGGAAAGUUCGUGUUCUCGGCCGUUUAGUUCCCGGUUGUCAGAAACUCCCGUUUCCAAACCUUCUAGAAGAAACUACCGAUUACAUAGCAGCUUUAGAGAUGCAAAUCCGAGCCAUGACUGUUCUGACCGGCCUCCUUACCGCCGGUGGAGCCGGAUCAGUUGCAUCUCACCCCGAUCGGCUCGGCUAAGUGGCUCGUUACGAUGCCGAGGUGUCUUUUUCUCCUUUUUUUUUAAAUUCUUUUUAAUUUUUUUCUAAACUUUUUUUUGUUAAUAAUUGAGAGUUUUUAUGUUGGUGUAUUUUAUUGUAUACACGUCCCCUCUUUUUAUCCUCUUUUGCUCUCAAAACUUCUACCUCACCUCCACUGUGUUUACCUUUUUUAUUUUUAUUUUUCUUUGAAUUUCUUAGUA